AUGGCUGCGCCCGCGACCUGUGACAGGGGCCGUGUGGCCUCCACCCUCCGCUACUGCAUGACGGUCAGCGGCACGGUGGUUCUCGUGGCUGGAAUACUCUGUUUCGCUUGGUGGAGUGAAGAGAAUACAGGUGCCCAGCCUGUCCAGCCGGCCUCACCCACUGGACACCCUGAACCUGAGGCCCUCAGAAACCUGCUCAGGUCCAUCAGCUUCUUCUGCUGCGGUGCAGGUGGCCUGCUGCUGCUCCUUGGCCUUCUGUGGUCCAUCAAGGCCAGAACCCAGGGGCCACCCCAAUGGGACCCAUAUCACCUCUCCAGAGACCUGUACUACCUCACUGUGGAGCCCUUGAAAAAGGAGAGCUGCAGGACUCCAAAGCUUGUUGCCAUCCCCACUUACGAGGAGGCCAUGUGCUGUCCAUUGGCCGAGGGGUCCCUGGUACCACCUGCAUACCCCAUGGAGGAAGGCCCGAUGUGCAGUGCCUCCAGGGAUGCCCUGUUUGGGACCCGGUCCACCUUGCCUCCACCCAGCUAUGAGAGCAUCAUCCUUGCUGCUGAUGCCAUCCCUGGAGAUAUAAAUCCUGGUGCUGCCUGCUCCUGCCCAGCUGGUUCAGAUCACAGUGGAAGGAAGUUAAAGACUCUUAAUAGGCCCUGAAGCCAGAGACAAAUCUUGAGCUUCUUCUAGUGUCUGAUACAGUGUC